UAAACUUUAACUGUUUGAGAGGUAACAAUGUGUAUGUUAGUUUCUAAUAGCUACUUUAGCCCCUUUGACCCUUUAAAAUUUAAGUAUUAUAUUUUAAAAUUAUUUUUAAAGACACAUAACGACGCAAAAAAAUUAAAAUAAAUUUUUUAAUUUGAUAAAUGAGUUAAUUCAAUAAAAAAAGUCAUACGGCAUCUACAUAAACAGUCGCGUCGAGCAAAAAAAUACAAAAACAAUCACUGAUUAAUCCAUUCUUCUUGGAGAUAAAAUUACGUGAUUUGUUGAAGAUGAUAUAUACACAUACUUCGUCAUUUUCGCUUCCGCCACAAACAGUUUGAGCUAUCGACUGAGAAUGCAAUCCCCUAACAAUUUCUAUUACUAAAUCAAGCACCAUACUCACACAAACGGUGAGAAGAUAACAAAACUCACACAAACGGUGAGACAACAAAAAAUCCAAAACAAAACGUGAUUAUCUAACAACCCACUGCGUAAAUGAAAUAUUAACUAAAUCAAGACAAUCCUUAGAUCUGGGGAACAAACCCACAAAAAUAAGAUAACUCGGACCACUUUCGAGGAUAAAAGCACCAGGAAGAACAAGAAAUCUGUAUCUCCGUGGAAUUGAGAUUUAAGAAAAAGAAUGCCAAAUCGGAAAAGGUUUUUAAUCCUUAGAUCCGAAAAAACAAACAAAUGUCGAAAAAGUUUUAUAGAAAGAAGGAAGAAACACAAAAGAAAGGAAAUAAAAGGUUUUGGGACUUUUCAGCGGUAGAGAUUCGGUGGAAGCCCCUGCCGCUGCUAAGAAAAAAAAAGAUUGAGAAGAGAAAAUUAAGGUUUGCGGAGAGAGACGCGAUAUACUCAUGCAAAUAAAUUUUAAAAUAUGUAUUUAUUUUAAAAAUUUUAAAAUAAGUUACUAUCGUUUAUGCUUAUAUCCUCCUAACCCUUCUUAUAAAUUAUGAAUUAAGUGGCAUUUCAAUUACAUACCACUCGCCACUCGGUGAUCUUCCGCUUCCUUCGCACCAUACACAGACAUCAAUUAUUCAUUUUACAAAAACAAUACAAUCAAUUUCUUAGUAAUUCAAGAAUUUGAAUUAACAUAAAAUCUGAAAAUGUAGUAUCUUUGUCUGUAAAAACCCAUUUAAGAUUGUAUGUCAGAGAGAUUCUAGUCUAGCUUGGUUGUUUGUGAUUUUGUGUCCAUGCAAUAUGGCAUUUUUAAAAUCUGGUGUUCUUGUGAAGUUUCUUGAAGAUAUGAGUAGUGAUGAAAAUGGAAUAGAGGUUGAUCACAAAGCUGCACUUUUGCAAAUUACAAGCAUAAUUCCUGUGCUGGAAGAUGGUGAUUUUUGGCCUAAUAAAGGGUUUUACCUUAAAGUUUGCGAUGUUACACAUGCCAUGUAUGUCACAUUGCCUGAAGAGGAGAAUGAGAUGGUUUUGAGUAACAAUUUGAAACUUGGCCAAUUUAUCUAUGUGCAGAAGUUGGAGAAGUCUCAUCCUGUUCCGAUUUUGAGAGGCGUGACGCCUCUGCCAGGCAGGCGUCCGCUUGAAGGGACCCCGGAAGAGAUCUUUCCUGGAAAACAUAUGGAGAGCUUUCUUGAGCCGUCUAUUACAGAUUUGUUGGUUGAUAAGAGUGUGAUUUCGGAGAAAAAGAUAGACAAGUCCUUGGGAACAUUGUGUCGUGCGGUGUCUGAUUCUGAGGCAUUGAUGCAAAAGAAUGUUGGUUUGAACCAGGGAAAUGAAACGCAAGGUCGGUCUCUGAGUGCGUCGUUUAUAGUCCAUCCUGAUGAUGAGAAAAUGGGGAUGGAUGGCUCUAGUGAAAAAUAUGACUCAGAAAAGAUGCAAGUGGAUGGUGUUGGGGACAAUUUUUGUCCUGAUGAGGAUAGUGAUUCGGAUUUGAGUACUUGGUCAUCUGUUUCAUCAAGACGAAAUUUAAAGAGACGAAGUUGGACACAGUCAGAACUUUUGAGUGCAAAAGAAAUGUUCGACUCUUCCAAUGUCAUGCCUGGGAGGAGCAGAGGAAGAACGCCUGAGAGAAAACGCGUUGCACAUAGUCGCAGUGCAAAUGUGAGCUUUCCAAUGCCUGUUCUUUUCCUAUUGAUGUUAUCUUCAUAUCCAUCAUGAUUUUGGACUUCAUUUUUACUGCUUAAAAUAAGAAUUUGAAUUAGAAAAUUAAAAAUAUUAAAAGCAGAGAAUAGAAACAAUGGUAGAGGCGCAACUGGAAAUGAACGACGAGAAAAUUAUGUAUUCCUAUUUCACCAUGCUAGAUUUAAUUAAGUUUUUGUCGAGAAAUUCCUAGCUGGUAUGAAUCUUUCUGGUGAUUUUUGUAUAGACAGGCUUCACCUGUUCGUACUGUUAGAUAUGAUAGCUCUGAUGAUACCUUAAGCUCUACAAGACAAAGAAGAAGAGCAAGUCUUCCGGCUAAGAGACCAGUUGAAGCUUCUAAAAAUAGCAAGGUCUCGGAUUCAGCUGCAGUUGAAGAGAAUUCACAUUCAAUAACAUUUCCCUCGCUUGAGGAGUUAAAAGGAGCAGAAACUAAAAUUUCAUGGGACUCUCUUCCUUCAAGACUUUUGAAGAUUAGCAAGGAGGUGGUACGGCAAAGAGAUGCUGCUCUGCGAGGUGCAGUUGAGGCUGUGCAGGAGGCUUGUGCUGCAGAGAGAUUGAUACGAUGCCUAAGUACUUUCUCAGAGUUCCAGUCAAAUGAAGUGGAUGAUCUGAAGCCAGCCGUUAACAAAUUUCUAAAGCUUCAAGAUGAUCUAACACACGCGAGACUAAUAAUGCAGUCCCUAACAGAUAUAGGUUUGCUGAGAACAUCAGAUACUGGCAACAGCACUUGCACAGUCAAGGAAGUGCUUGAUUUAGCAAUUGAAAGAAAGAGAAACGCUGAUUUAUGGGUAAAGUCAGCCGUGGCA